AUGAGACUUCUAGUCCUACUUAUGAUGAUUCCGUGUAUCGCGGUCGCGAACGAGGUUCGCGUCCCGCUCUUUGCACAGAUACUCGGUGAUGCUGACAAGACACCGUUGGCGUCGCUUGUUUACGAUAAGGAAUCGACCAGUUUCAGUAUAGUCGACGUAAACGACGCAUUACCGGCAGAUUCUUACUGUAUCGGCGCAGAAAUGGACAGUAAUUACUAUUCGUGCUUUUCCUAUAUCCAGCUGCGCUACCCGCUUCACUAUGACCUCUUUAUCGAUACUCGACAGGAUUCGCAUCUGUUGUACAAAUUGUCACUCAAACCCAACCCGAAUGCUCAGGGUAUCAAUCCAGUGCUUCGAACCCCGUCAGCUGGCCCACAACCAUUACUCACACAAUUAAAAAAACGACAAAGACUUAUGAAGACAAAAAACCCAAAUUGGGCCAUGCCUCGGCCUCUUUCGAAGAAGACGCCGAGCCUGACGAGCGCUCGUUUCUCCAGAAAAACUGGAAAUAUAUGUUGCUUGGUCUCAUAA